AGUUGAACACUUUCAGAGUGAGAGAGGAGUGAAGAUAUUUUUUGUUUUGUAUGGUUUCCCAUUUCCUUGUUCGGUUUUGUUGAGGUAAACUACAAAGCUAAGUUUAGCAACACUCAGUUUUCUUCUCAGUUUUUUCUCUCUUCUUCACUUUCAGUUUAUUGCUUACAAUUCUGGAUCAUCCAAUUCCAACAACACAGUGCUGAAGACUAAGAACAGCUUUCCUCAUUCUCAGUUUCAAGCUUCCUUAAUUCCAAGGACAUAGAAAACGUUUUCACCAUGCUUGCUCAUUCCUUAAAACGCAAAAGUGAUUCCUAGAAAUAUCGCCUAAGUGCCACAAUCGACCAACAAUUGAUUUAAGUUAUGGCUUCCAACGAAGAGGGAAAAAUCUCUUUGAAAUAUUGGGUUGACGAUAAAAAAGAACGUGUAAUUGUGGCGGAAGCAAGUGGGGAGUUGGUAGAUGUUCUCUUCAGUUUCCUUACCCUUCCAUUGGGAACUAUCAUCCGACUUUGGGACACCUCUGAACAACAAGAAAGGCGUGAGAACAGCUCUCAACAACAAGUAGGAUGUGAGAACAUCUCUCAACAACAAGUAGGACGUGAGAACAUCUCUGAACAACUAGUAGGGCGUGGGAACACCUCUGAGGAACAAGAAGGGCGCGAUAACAACUCUGAGCAACAACAAAGGCCUGACAACAGCUCUGAACAACAAGAAGGGCGUGAGAACACCUCUCAACAACAACAAGGACGUGAGAACACCUCUCAACAACAACAAGUAGAGCAUGAGAACACCUCUGAACAACAACAAAGGUGUGAGAACACCUCUGAACAACAAAUAGGGCAUGAGAACAACUCCGAACAACAAGAAGGACCUGGUUGCAUCAACAAGCUAUGCCACAGUUUUAAGGAUAUUUUGGGGCUUCAGUCUAAACAACAAGUAGGGCUUGGUUGCAUCAAGGAGCUUUACCAGAGUGUUAAUAAGUUGGACUCUGAUGUUUUCAGGAACAACAACUGCCAGGAAAUGUUGCAUUCUCCGCGCAACCCCUUAGAGAGCUCUUGCCAGAGACUAAAAGUGAAAGUGGAUGAUACAAAACCCACAAAGUAUUUCAUGUGUCUUAACUGUUCAAGUAAAGAAAGUAAAUUGUUGGUGAGUUCUUUUUCUGCUAAAAAGUGCGACUGCGGGUCAUUCAUCAAAGAAAUAGAAAUGCUGGAAGAGCAUGGUGGUGACGAUGGUGUUUUUGUCAAAGGAAAGGCCAUGUUCUUGAUCUAUGAUGACUUGACAGUGCGCCGAAGCUCUCCAAGUGAAUCCAUUAAAUCACCCCUCAAACUUGGACACAAAAAACUCGAAAACCAGAUAGUAGAGCAUCUUGACAGGAAAAAGAUACUAAACAUACUGAAGCAAGCAUUAACCUCCAAAACCCCGCUUAGUGAUGUAUUAUUAGGAAAGGAGUCCAAGCGAUCGGUCUCAUUCUCACGAGUUAUUGGCUCCAGUGGUUCCAAAGAUUAUUUAGAAAUCAAGGUAAUGGUGAGCAAAGCAAAGAACAAGAUUCUAUUUGUUGAAGCAGAUGGAGAUUUUGUCGAUUUUCUAGCCAGCUUCCUCACAACACCUCUUGGAUCUAUUAUGAACCUUAAGAGUAACAAUUUUUCCUUUUGCCUCAUACCACUUCUUGCAUCUAUUCUGAAGAUUAAGAAUGGCAAAUUGUCGUUGGGUUGCAUUCGUAACUUAUACAAAAGUGUGAAGAAUCUGGAUCCAUCGUGGUUCAUAGAGUCAUCAAACAGAUCCUUACUGAAUCCAAAGGUGGCUCCUCAUUUUGGUUGUGAGAGAAAUCCACUAUUGAAUGCAAAUCAAUAUGACACUGCCAAAUAUUGGUAUGGCCUUAGAGAAAUGAAAAAUGAGAAGGGUCGUAUCAUCUCUGAAAAAAGAAUGAUUUCAAAGAAACGCGAUAUGCUACAACAACCAAAAGAUAUCAAACUUUUGGACCCAAGAUCUUCCGAUAGAGCAAGAAAAGAUGGUGUGGGAUUUAUGAAGAGGCCGUGUCUAUUUGUUGUGAAUGAUGAUCUGACAGUGUUACCAAUGACAACUACUUCAAGUAUUCCAUGUUCAUUUAUGGAUGACACCCCGUUUACUAAAUUGGAGGAACAUUUGGUGAAAAUAAAGAAGUCAGAGGCAAUAAACCUCUUGAGGGCUUCUUUAACAUCCGACAAAGGUGCUUUUACUCGGAGCCUAUCCUCCUUAUUGUGGACUUGGAGAUUCCAAAGACUCAUUCCAGGUUGGAGUUUCUUUAGAAGGAAGAGAAUAAAAUGGGAAGAAAAAAGAAAAAGACAAAAACGUGAGAAAGAUAUCGACUUAAAUGAUAAGAAAGAGAAAAAGAAACAAGAAAAAAGUGUUGUAGAAUCUAAAAGGGAGAAGGAAGAGAACAAUAAUAAUUCAGUGCAGAAUACAAAGGAAGAAGUCAAACCCAAAAGUGUGGGUGAAAAGUGAUAAAGGGUGGAGUGGAGCAAUGCUGCGUCAUAUUUUGAUGUAUGAAAUAAUUGUGUUUAAGUGGAUUUGAUGAUCAUUUAACGUUUUCUUUUUCUUGUUUUAUGCAUGUUCUUAUAAUUCUUAAGUAUAACUACAAAUCUAUGAGGUUAGAUACUCUCUGCCAAGUUUCAAAGGCAUAGAAACUGUGUUGGGAGAUGCCUAUGUAAUAAAGCUGGUACAUGAUUGAUAAUCACAAGCUUAUUGCGUA